GUCGAACAUCCGGCCCGGCGUGCCCGCCCGAUCUGUGCACGCACGUGGCCUUUCCCGCGUCAUCGCCCGCUUGUUCUCGACGAUCACGCACACAAUGCAUGCGUGCCGGCUGCGUCCCCAGCUCGGGCUCCUCGCCCACCAACGCGCUUUCGUGGCGUCUACCUCCUCUUCUGCACCCCGCGCACUCGUAUGGAUAGCCCAGCGCGCCAAGGCGACGAAGGCGGCGCCGACACCGGGCGCGCAAGCGCAGGCACCUCACGCGCACCUACCGAAGAACUCGCAUGUUCUGAGGGACAGUGAGGUGCUGGGGUGGGCGGAGUACUUCAAGAUACGGAGGAGUAGGCGAUUAUGGCAAAAUAUCAUGACAGUACCCACAAGUAUCGUCGGUCUCGCUGGAGGGGCCUUGUACUUUGGCUCGCUGGACACGGACCCAUUGAAGCCGAUCAUGGGCCUCGACCCCUUCAUGUUCUAUGGCAUCUGUACGGCCGGGUGCAUGGGUAUCGGCUUUCUCUUCGGACCGACAGUUGGCACCGCGCUCUGGCGUUUGACGCACAAGUCAAAGCUCCCCCUCAUCGACGCCCGCGACCGCGAGUUCUUCGAGCACAUCGCGCGCAACCGCGUUCCAGCUGAGCUUCAGAGCCCGACAAAGCCGGUUCCGGACUACUAUGGCGAGAAGAUUGGUUCCGUACACCAGUAUCGGCAGUGGUUGAAAGACCAGGCGAAGUACAAGAAGCGGGCUCUGCUGCCAGAGGAUUAGGUACUGCGCUGGCAAUGGUCAUGCUUCAGUACGAAUGAGCUGUGCUGCGGUUGUGAGUGAAAGACUACAACACCGGAAAUAUAUCACUGCUCCAUCGUGGCUCG